UUCUCUUGACGACCACAGUCAAGGGAGCCAUAUUUACAAUAUCUUGCGCUACAGCAAAUUAGCAACGAUUUAGUAGGCAAAAAUAGUUUCCGCCGCGAUGUAUGACGACGACGACGAGCCAGAAGGUCCAAAGAGCUCAUUUACAACUUAUCUUUCGGAAGGAAAUGUGCAUUUUAAUCAAGGAGAAUAUAAGAAAGCUCUUGAUAGCUACACACAGGCACUUGAGUUACAGCCCGGAUAUAAAGUUUGCCUGGUCCAGCGGUCAAAGUGCUACUUAAGACUGGGUGAUCCUGAUGCUGCGUUGAGAGAUGCUGAAGAAUCACUUGUUGAAGAUAAAGAAUACAACAAGGGACUUUACCAGAAAGCAGAAGCCUUGUAUUCCAAGGGUGACUUUGAAUAUGCCCUGCUAUAUUAUCACCGUGGAUACAAGUUGAGACAAGACCAGGAAGAGUUUAAGCUUGGCAUUCAGAAGGCCCAAGAAGCCAUCGACAAUGCUAUUGGAAGUAAGGCCAAGGUUAAGCUGGAAAACAAGGGAGAUUUGUCUUUUUUUGCUAAACAAGAUGAAGCGAAAAAGACAACCAAGGGCUAUAGCAAACCAACCACUCAGGCAGCAAGAAAUCAACAACAGGCAGCAAACAGAGGAAAAAACACCAAAAGCCCAGUUAAAUCAGAGAAAACUGUCAAGAAACUCUUAGGAGAAUUAUAUGCUGACAAGAAGUACCUUGAGAAACUCAUGGAUGAUCAAGAUUUUAUUCAUGGUAACAGCAGCAAGCCAAUAUAUGAUCUUGUACAAGAGGGCUUGAAUUAUUUAGACACAAGGAUUGACUUCUGGAGACAACAAGAACCACUGUAUGCUCGCAAGAACAAGAAACUGCCCCCUAGGAAACCACCACAAAGACAACUCCCCGCUGACACAACAAAAUUCAUCUUAAGAUCAUUGGAGGAAAUAGAUCAGGCAUUGGCAGAUGGUGAUCCGGAGGCCAGUUUGAACAAGGCACUGUCAACAUUAAAAACAGUUCAGUCUUUAGGAGCAGAAAGUGUCCCAAACAAAGCUGAAGUUGUUGGCAAUUUAUACUCUUGUAUCGGAAACGCUCAUCUUGAAAUGGAGAAUUAUGAAGAAGCUUUGAAAUACCAUGAGAAGGAUUUGAAGGCUGCUAAAAAGCUUGAAAGCAAAGAGGCUAAAUCACGUGCAUUAGACAACCUUGGAAGACUGUAUGCCAAGAUGGGAGAAUACACUAAAGCUAUUGAUGCCUGGAUGGAGAAACUUCCACUCAGUAAAUCAGUACUUGAAAGCACGUGGCUCUAUCAUGAGAUUGGCCGGUGUCAUUUAGAGCUCAAGUACUAUCAGGAUGCAAAAGAGUUUGGUCAAAAAUCAUUGGCUGCAGCAGAGCAGGCUGACGACAAAGUGUGGCAGCUAAAUGCAACUGUUCUUGAGGCUCAAGCGGAAGUAAAACUCGGUGAUCUUCAAGAUGCCCUACAGUCUUUUGAAAAAGCUUUAGAGCUGGCCAAAAUCCUGGAGGAUGAUGCUGCUGAAAAUGCCAUAUCCAAAGCCAUUAAUGACGUAAACAACAGAAUUGCACAAGGGAUCAAAUCUGGUGAGGACAGUGCAGGAGAUGAACAAAAAGACACAGAGGAAACCAAUGCAGCAGAAGAUGAAGAAAGUAAAGAAACAGAGGCAGAAAAACAACCCGAGGAUGAAGAAGGGGUGAAGGAAAAUCCAGUUGAAGAAAACACUGAAGAAGUGAAGGGAAACGAGGCCGGUGAAGAAAAUGAGACAAAGGAGUCAGAAGAACAAGCACAGGAAGCAGCCGAGGAAGCAGCAGAGGAAUCUAAUGACGCAGCAAAAGAUGUUGAACCACCAGUUGAAGAAGAUGGAGUGAAGGAACAAUAACUUACCUAAGUUUAUUUUAAUGGCUGUAUAUAUCAAUUAGUAUAAAUUAUAAUAAGUUCUUUCUUGAUGAGUUCAUCUUCUGUUUUGUAGCCAAAAAAACAUAACUGCUUGUUCAAUGUACAUGUAUGUUUUAGUUUUUACCCCACUACUGUGAUUUUUUUCUGGCUUUUGUGUGAAAAAGUAGAGUUUAAAAUAAGACAUUCUUACUAAUAACAGUGCAAGACUUUAUUUUCCUUUAAAAGAGAAUGUACAUUACAAUGCAUUAAGUGUAAUAAAGGUUGAUAUUUACACUAACUACAGACACUGUUUGUGUUUCUGUUAGAGAAAAGAAACAAGGGGAAGUCUGGGAGAAAGAGAAAUGGUGUAGGAUUUGUAGUGCUCUGAAACUUUCAUGAGUGUUUCUCAAACUCCAUAGGAACAUGGAGAAAAUUUUUCCUAUCUCUUGUAGAAAACACUGAAAAAGGAGAAAAUUCGCUGUUGAAUUUGAUUAUCAAAAUGUUAAUUCUGGUGCCAUCAUUACAUCAACAGCUCAUACUAGUUCUGUGCUGUUUAGAAUUUUAAAAAUAUGACUUUUGGCAUUUGUUGUUUGUUAGGCUGUCUCUUAAAUUAUAAUUACUUAAAAUUGAAAGCUCGUGGGAAAGCUCUAAUAUUGAGAAUUUACACUACUCAUGAUAAUUCUUUCAGAUAUUACUUGCCUCAGGGUUCAUGCAAUCUUGAGAGAAUUUUCAAAUAUCACACAUAGUGUAAAUCACAAAUUUCUUACAAUUACGUAUUCCACUAACUCUCACUGAUAUAACACACCCUGCAUAUUAUGAGCAACCUGGUGAAACUGCCCAUUUAGAGGAAAGAUAUUACCCUACAUUUGUCCAGUAUAACAUCAAGUGAAA